AUGACCAACAACGUCACUGCCAUCCCUCAAGGCUCAUGGGUUCUCGUAACCGCCGCCAACGGCCACACCGGAAGCCACAUCGUGAUAGAGCUCCUGAAGCGAGGCUUCAAGGUUCGUGGAACUGUCCGCGACCUGGAAUCUUCGCAGUGGCUUCUGGACGAUGAUUCUGUUGCGCCAUAUGCCAAGCGAGGUGACCUCGAGCUGCUUGUUGCAGAUAACAGUGUCCCCAAUGCAUUUGACGAUGUCGUCAAGGGCGUGUCAGCUGUGAUUCACGUCGCCAUCAUCAGCGACCUGGUGGCGGACCCCAACAUUGUCAUCCCUGCAACCGUCGAAGCCGCGCUCACAGUUUGUCGCUCUGCGGCCCGCGAGUCAUCAGUCAAGCGCUUCAUCUUCACAUCCACCUUUUGGGCUGCCACAUUCCCGGCCCCAGGCAUUUCUGACACAAUCACCAAUCUUGACACUUGGAAUGAGUUCGCGCUUCGAGCUGCCUGGGCUCCUCCGCCUUAUGAAGCUGACCGGAUCAUUCCUGUCUAUUGUGCUUCCAAGGUCGAAGCUGAGAAGGCAGUGUGGAAGUUUGUCAAGGAUGAGAAGCUUCCCUGGGUUGUCAAUUCUGUUAGUCCUUGUGUGAUUCUGGGAGACAUCAGAGUCGACAAACAUCUUCGAUCUGUGCCUCCACAGCUUUUCGAACAGUUGUACCUGGGCAACACUGCAGCUUUGCAGACACCUGCGCGUGAGUCUCACCCCCUUUGA